GUAGGUAGUCCGGCGCUCGCGGCGACCCAGACCAAGCAAGAAACCAUGGAGCAAGGUGGCGCCGACGCUGCGGCGAGGCGGAUGGGCAGGAUCGCGUCCCACCUCCUUCCGCCCACCUCCCAGAUGGAGGAGGUCUCCAUCCUGAGGGGCUCGAAUUGCCGUGCAAAAGGUGCGGCGCCAGGAUUCAAGGUUGCAGUCCUGGGUGCAUCUGGUGGGAUUGGCCAGCCACUCUCGCUGCUUAUGAAGAUGAACCCGCUUGUUUCAGUGCUCCAUUUGUAUGAUGUUGUCAACACGCCUGGUGUCACGGCUGACAUUAGCCACAUGAACACCGGUGCUGUGGUGCGUGGUUUUGUGGGCCAGCCGCAAUUGGAAAAUGCUCUUACUGGAAUGGAUCUAGUGAUCAUUCCUGCUGGCAUCCCUCGGAAGCCUGGGAUGACAAGGGAUGAUUUGUUCAACAUCAAUGCUGGAAUUGUCCGGACUCUAUGCGAGGGUAUUGCAAAAUGCUGCCCAAAUGCAAUUGUGAAUAUUAUCAGUAACCCUGUCAAUUCUACUGUACCAAUUGCUGCUGAAGUAUUUAAAAAAGCCGGGACAUACAAUCCUAAGAGAUUGUUGGGGGUGACAACACUUGAUGUAGUGAGAGCCAAUACUUUUGUGGGUGAGGUUCUUGGACUUGACCCCAGAGAUGUCAAUGUUCCUGUUGUUGGCGGGCAUGCGGGGGCUACGAUAUUACCACUCCUUUCACAGGUUAGUCCUCCCUGCUCGUUCACCCCAGAAGAAAUUAGCUAUCUCACUUCUCGCAUACAGAAUGGCGGGACAGAAGUUGUCGAGGCGAAAGCAGGUGCAGGAUCGGCAACUCUUUCUAUGGCAUAUGCGGCAGCUAAAUUUGCAGAUGCUUGCUUGAGAGGGCUGCAUGGUGAUGCUGGGAUAGUGGAGUGCUCUUAUGUGGAUUCUCAGGUGACGGAGUUGCCUUUCUUUGCAUCCAAAGUUCGCCUAGGUCGUUCUGGCGUCGAGGAGAUCUUGCCACUUGGUCCACUCAACGAGUUUGAAAGAGCUGGGCUGGAGAAGGCGAAGAAGGAGCUAUCCGAGAGCAUCCAGAAGGGUGUCUCAUUCGUCAACAAGUGAGUUACAUACAUCAUCUUGUUGGAUGUGCUCCCCAAGUCCAACACACAUCGAAUUGCAUAUACAUAUGCUGUUUGUGCUUUUGCUUCAUGCAAACAGGUUACCUCUGUGUGUGUGGGUCUUUCUGUAAAACUCUUAA